AUGUCCUACAGUAGCGAGACGCCGCACGUCUGGAGUUCUUCAGUGAGUGGCAGCGAAGUGUCCCCAUACGGACCCCUGUGGGACGCUCCACCAGCGUCGGUACCGUAUCCAGACAUCCUGGCCUUCCCACCAGCCGACCUGGUAUGGUCGGCAGCGGGAUGUGGCCGCGGGGCUCGGUCCACUCCCGGCGGCAAGAAGCCGCGGCGGCGGGUCGCGUCCGUCGCUCAGCGGCGCGCCGCGAACAUUCGAGAACGUCGUAGAAUGUUCAAUUUGAAUGAAGCAUUUGAUAAAUUGCGACGAAAGGUACCAACGUUUGCGUAUGAAAAGCGGUUGUCUCGCAUAGAGACGUUACGGCUGGCCAUCACCUACAUAAGCUUCAUGUGUGAACUGCUCCAUGGGUCCCCACAACCACACCACUCCCAUUCCACAUUACAUCCUCCGAGACACGUCUUUGAUGCAGAAGUCUCUUGGUGCGCGUAAUUUACUUCUCUAGUAGAACUUUAAAACUAUGAUGGAAAAGGAGGGUUACACAUUACAAUGGUCUUAUAGCAGUAAUAUUUCCAGUGUAGUUAGUUGAUCAUCGGUUUCACAGAUAAAUUUUUCUUUAGGGACAAGUAGGUAGC